UACUGAUCUGCUUAAUUACAUAGACAAACCCGUAAUAAUUAAAAUAACGGGCGCACUUGGAUAAUGACAACAGCUGCAAAAGCAGUCCGGCAAAUUUUUAAUUCAUUGACAGCAUCAGAUCGUACAAAUACAUAACUACAGUAAAACUAGUCCUCCAGUAAAACCAGUAAUCUAGCUCGGUCAUUUUGGAAAAAUCAGAUCAACAAAACCCACCUAAAAUAUAACUUAUAAAUAUCUUCUCUGGUCAGCGAAUGCGUUUAAAUGGAAUGGCACAAUUUUGCCUCGGAGAUUUGCAAAGCACCAGAACUGUCUACCUCGCUCGCAUUCAGAGGGCCGCCCAACCUUUAAACCAUUACGUCAGCCACAAGAGAAGACGCGUGCAAACGCGCACGCACCCCAUUCUCAUAACUCUAUAUCCCAGAUAUACUUGCUGUACGAUAAAACUACAAGCCCCAAUGACCACAACAGGUGAGCUUGCGCAUAUAGCAAAGCCAGCGAAAAAACUACAAACAGCUGGAAUCUGAUAGGAUGCUUUGUAAGAACUACAAGUUCCAAUAGACCUGCGUCCUGCCAUAUCCAUAGCCAUUUAAAUCUACGUGCAAAAUGGCUGCGCAGGUCGGUUUGGUUCGUGUAAAAGUACAAGAAAAGGUGAGAGACAGCCUGGAUAAAACAACCAAAGAGAAGAAAAAGAAGAAAAAAAGAGAAUGCUCCCCCUCGGUCGACAAGAGGUUCGAGAAAGAGGCAAAGAAAGUUAAGUUCCAUCACCAUCUCAACCAUCAACAUGUUCAACAACGAAUACAGCAGCCGCAUCAACAACAGCAGAAUUCCCAGCCCCGUACCUUUAGUUCGGACCAGGCUGCUCUGCAACGUCACCAUCACCACAACAGCACCAAGAAAGACUCCUUACUCGCAGGUCACCCCAAAAAGGUGGCUCCGUCGCAACUCGAGCAGAAGCCGUUGCCUCCAGUCCUGCCCCCAGUGCCGCCCGGACUGUUCACUUUCACUCCCCUCAAAGUGGCCAAGGCCAAGAGCCACAACAACAAGGAGAAACACUGCGAUAAAGAAAUAAAACUCAAGCCCAAAAAGGAAAACGCAGAGGCCAACGUGAAAGCUGGACUGAGCAAGAAAAAGAAAGAGGCCCGUGAUGAGAAUGGUAAGACACAGUUGGUGGACGAGUACCUCCUGAAGAAGAAGAAGAAGAAGAGGAAACAUCGGGAAGAUGAGCGCGGCAAGAGGCUCAAGAUGUCCCACAAGGAGGUGCAGACCUCGUGCUCCGGCCUCGGCGAGGACUGCCCCCCCACCGCGCCCCCAGGCGACCCCGCCCCGGCCUGCCCGAAGGACGAGUGGGACUGGGACGAGCGGCGCGCCUCCGGGGGGGCACGCUCGCGCUCCCGCUUCCUGUCCCACCAGGACCACUUCAUCCGCAGCAGCUUCCUCCAGACGGGCUCCCGCUACGGCCAGCUGAUCCACGAGGAGCGGCAGGCCAACGGCGGGGCGGCCGUGCUGCACGCGUACGCCGACGAGCUGGCGCCGCUGGCGCCCACCGAGGCCGAGCGCUUCGCCCAGGAGUUCCUGCGGCUGGCCUUCGACGAGAGCCCCCGCGGCGCCGCCCGCUACGCGCUGGCCGUGGUGCACGGGGCCGCCGCCUACCUGCCCGACUUCCUCGACUACUUCGCCUUCAACUUCCCCAGCACGCCCGUCAAGAUGGAGAUCCUGGGCAAGAAGGACAUCGAGACCACCACCAUCGCCAACUUCCACUCUCAGGUGAAUCGGACCUACUGCUCCGGGACGUACCGGGCUGGACCCAUGAGGCAGAUCAGCCUGGUCGGGGCCGUGGAUGAGGAAGUGGGCGAUUAUUUCCCAGAAUUCCUGGACAUGCUGGAGGAAUCUCCAUUUCUCAAGAUGACCCUUCCCUGGGGCAGCCUGUCCAGCCUGAAGCUGGAGUGCCGCUCCCAAAGCGAUGACGGGCCCAUCAUGUGGGUGCGGCCGGGCGAGCAGAUGGUGCCCACCGCAGACAUGCCCAAGUCCCCUUUCAAACGGCGCAGGUCCAUGAACGAGAUUAAGAACCUGCACUACCUGCCCAGGACCAGCGAGCCGCGGGAGGUCCUGUUUGAGGACCGGACGAGGGCGCACGCCGACCACGUGGGCCAGAGCUUCGACUGGCAGAGCACCGCGGCCGUGGGCGUGCUGAAGGCCGUGCAGUUCGGAGAGUGGUGCGACCGACCCCGGAUAACCAAAGACGUGGUCUGCUUCCACGCGGAGGACUUCGGCGACGUGGUCCAGAGGCUUCGGCUGGACCUGUACGAGCCUCCCGUGUCCCAGUGUGUCCAGUGGGUGGACGAUGCCAAACUGAACCAGCUGCGGCGGGAGGGAAUCCGCUACGCGCGUGUGCAGCUGUGCGACGACGACGUCUACUUCAUCCCCCGCAACGUCAUCCACCAGUUCAAGACGGUGUCGGCCGUCUGCAGCCUGGCCUGGCACAUCCGGCUCAAGCAGUACCACUCCGCCGAGGAGCCCGCCCACGACGCCCCGAGCUCCGCCCAGGACUCCGCCCACCCCGACACCAAAGCGCCCCCCUGCCCCCAGACGCGGGCGGAGACCGCCCCCCCGGCGGGAGAUGCGAAGGCGGAGGAGGAGGGGGUUUUCCAGAGGCCCGUCACUCCUCCCUGGCAGCUGCAGUCCUCCACGUCCCACCCGGCUAGACCCGCCCCCUUCCCAGCUCCCCACAAAGAGCCUGUCCCAAGCCCCGCCCCUUCUGACCCGGCCCCGCCCUCCUCGGCACACGCACAUUCGCUGGUCCUCUCCCAGCCGGGCCAAGGCUCCCCUCCAUGUUGCGACCCUCAAUACCGGCCAACAGAUCCACCCAAAUAACAACCUCUUCUUAAUGUGUGUGCUUUUAACUUUAAAGGGAUGGGUGGGCACUUAUCUAAAGACAAAGGUCUGAACAUGACUGACAUUCCACAAUGUCAAAAAUAAAAUGUGGACCGUUCUUCUCAAUAUGUACAGAUUAUGUGUGCGUGUGCGUAUGUGCGCGCGUGUGCGUGUAACCUCUUUUUUAAUUUAUUUAUAAAGCAGUUUGAUUUUGAGAUGGCCCCUGAAGAAAUUUAGCUUCAUUUUGACCAAAGUGUGGUAUUUUAAUGAGCUCUUUACCGAGAUGUUAGUGUUUCAGUUUUGUAUUCAUUAUUGUGUUUUCCAGAAAUCUGUCUGGUGAAGUCUCGUGUUAUUCUGCUUUCCCAGUUCUGCCCUGUUUCAUGAAGAUUAUUUAAUUGGUUUUACAGAAGAAGUGCCUGCCGCAUAUCAGAAACAGCAGCUGUCGCUCGGCUGAUGACUAUGUGAAGUCUUGUAACUUUGCAACGUGCAAAUUAUUUUCUGAAACCUCGGUGGAGAAAACAAUUGGUUUGAAAUUCAAACCCAUGUCUGCGGCCCCUUAUUUUCCAGCUCCUGCGAGUGCAUUUCAGAUUUGCUGUCACUGAUGUGCAAAUAAGGCUCUAGGUUUGUGUCCAUUAUUUUGAGUGCAGGGGGAAAACCGUUGGUGUUUUAUUCACAGUACGAAAUAAAAACAGGAAGUAUUUCAAAGUCUUUCCACAUCUCCGUUGUCAGAUCUUCUGUAAUAAUCAAGGUGUUCUUACUCAAAGGGAAGAACUCCCCUGUGGAGCCAUUGGUGGCCAUGACAGAAAUGCAGCUACUAAAAUUCUGUUUCCAAACAUGUGUCUGUCCCCUGUUCUGUGCAAAUUUCAGGGUAAAUAUCUAGGAUGGUGCGAAUCUCUCAGGAAAUGUUUUGUUUGCCACCUUUCCAGAGGAAUGAGUUUCUCUCUUUAAAAGGGGGAGACGUCCCCUCUAGUGUAAAAAUCAGUGGGGUUUGGAAAAGGGCAAAUGUCCUCAAUAGUGACUGAAUAGAAUUUCAAUGAUAUUUGUACCUUUUUUCAAGGCUGCAAACCUGACCUGUGCCUACAAAUAAGAUCAAAUUGGUUUCCCACUUAUGUUAUGCAGCUCUUGUAUUUUCUGGUUUGGGAGGCUUGUCUCUAGGGAAGAUCUCCUAACAUAGAGAAAUCCAUUGUCAUUGGCUAUGACCCUUUAUGACCACUUUAUGGCUUGCUAUGUAUUAAUGUUGUUAUUAAUGCCAGACUAUUGACCACUAUUCACAGGAUUUGGCAGUUUUCUGUUCUGUAAAUGCAGAAGAAGGCAGAUUGAUCUUACUGAUUAAAUUGAAAAGUUACAUGAAAAAUGACACAGGUUUAAAAGAUUAUUUAGACUAAAUUAUAUUUAUUGGGCGAUGCAUUGGCCUGAAGAGUGCGGAUAGUUGCAGCUUGUCCCUAUACCCUGUGUGGUUCCGGAGAUGCUUGCAAGUGUAUUAAUUUAUUUGUUUUCAAUAUGGCACAGAUUCUGUCAAUUGACUGAUCUUUAUAGAGCAUAGACCAGCUAAUAUAUUGCACUCAGUGAAAAAAUGAGCUAUCCAGGUGAUUUAAAGAUCAGUAAAUCUGGUCAGCAUUGAUCCAAGAGAAAAACACACACACAUAGUUGCGAUAAUAUUCGGGUCAGCUGGCUGUGCAUUGUGAUGUGUAAAUUGUGUUCCUUGGAACAGUAUUGAGCAGGCACGGAAGGGGACGUUGAGUGGCCGUCCCAAGUACUUCUCAUGGGCAAAGACUUUCAGGGGUUACGAGAAAAAAAACCCCCUCACUCUUUUUGGCCGAAGUGUUUUUAUCGGUAUGUUCCUCUUACAUUUCACAAGCUUUUGAGAUGUAGAUGGCACAAAGUCCUGACUGCUCCCAGGCACCCUUGUCCUAUUUGGCCUUGUUUUUAUUUAUACAGUUUUCUUAUAGAGAACUUUUUCUUUCCUCAGAUCCAAAUUUUGUUUGCAUUAUUCUUAUUUUAAAUUUUUACUAUAUGACCACGGGGAAGAUGGUGAAGGAUUUUGAGAGUACAAAGAAUGUUUUGCACAAUAUCCGGAAGGUUAUAUAAAAAGAGGCAUUUGUUAAGGCUGGUGUAACAAUAGAAGAUGUAAGCACGUCUUCAGAUGGAUAAAUAGGAUGAUGAAUCCUAUCAAGGUAAAAGGAAGUCCUGUCUUUGUUAAGACCAUCUUUGUCUGUGAAAAAUUGCUGUUAUUGUAUUUGGCAGGAAAAUCUUUGUUUUGCUUGUGAUUAUUGAUAUGAAUAUUAAUUUUCCUGCAUUGAUUCAGCCAAUUGUGAAAAUGUAAUAUUGUUAGAAAGAUAUGUGCACUUAAAUUAUGCUUUUUUUUAGUGUUUUGAUCAAAAUCCAUGCCCAUAAUUGUUUAUAUGAUGAAAAUGUUUUUAUAAUAUUGAAGAGUAAAACAAUAGUUUUGGAGUGCAAUGUGGUAGCCGCUGUUUUGAGUCUAGUUAUGUAUCUAGGUAACGCAUUUCACCCGAUGUGCUACUUUUGGAGGCGAAAUUGCAUUGAAAGGGAUAAAACUGAUAAACUGGCUUGUGACACAAGGAACACAGUGCUUGUUUAGUCUCGUUCACCAGGACUGAGCUGAACUGAACUUCAAGCUGAUCAUUCAAAGAACAUCCUCUUCGGUCCUUUCAACUGAACGUCAAAGUUUGGUGUAUCUUCCUACAGAGAAAUUUUUUUUGGGUUUAGCUCUUUAUUUGGAAUUGAUUAGAAGACUGUAGCAAGAUAAAAUAUGCACCCAAUUAAGAAUGUAGAAUUCAACACCAGCAAAACAUCUGAAUUUAAACGGUCCCGUUGUUUGCACCUUGGUGUUGGUGAAAUCCAAAAUUGACUAAAUGAACCCUGUGCUUGUGCCACUGAAAUGAGUGCCUCUCGAGAGUGCCUUUUAGCCAGUCUCGUACAUUCACAUUCACCUCUACCUGUGCUUUUGUUUUAAUGUGACACAUCCCAACAGUUCAGCUGUCACUCUGCUGGGACUGACCUGUGAUGCCAUAUGAUGUCAUUGUCUUGAGGCCAUUACAUCUCAGGUCACAGGCCAGUUAUCUGGUGUUCUACCAUGGCAGUAAUCAUCUGGGCCUUGCCCGUUUCAUGGUCGUUUUGGUGGGCAGAAAAAGCAACACUUUGUACUUUGUGGGCUUUAAAAAAGUUCAAGUUCAGUGUGUAUAAAUUAUCUUCACGCAUCUUUUGUGUAGGACUGGCUCUGAUCAGUUUUCCAGAAAAUUACGAUAUUUUAAAUAGAUUCAAAUGGUUAGCAUUUAGCAAAGUGAAUUUCUAGGUCCAUUAUAGGUUUGAAAAAUAAAUUGGCAGCUAAUUUUACUGUGUUUUGUUCUUUUUGUUUUUCUUACGUUUUUGAUUGUACUCUUUGUCUUAGGAAAGUUUGCCUGGGGAUCGAGGCAUGCUUUGUGUAACUGUAAUAUCACUAGUAGCUCUCGUUGAUGUCUAUAUUGAGGACUCUCUUUCUCGUGACCUUUUUAAAAACAUAAUUAUAAAUAUGUUGGUAUGACCAGAUCAUUGAGAUUGAGAUCAUUUCUUUUGGUAAAUAUAAUCAUUUACGUUUAUUAGAUCUCCAUAAACAGUGUGGAUCUUUUCAACUGUAUGAUUGUGUAAACACAAUGGAAUGCAUAGACUUUUUCUUGUAUUUUUCUAAAUAAAUCAUUUUAAAAUGGUUA